GGAAUUCACUAAAGCUCUAUCCUUUCCCACAAACCUCCUAGAAUAUAGAGAAAUGGCCAGCGACAGAGUGGAUAAACCCCUACCAGAUAUUCCUGAAGAUGAUGGUAGCAGAGAGGAGAAAAGCUUUGGAAAUGUUUUUGCUGAACUUGAAUCAGUUGACCUGCCCUUGGGAACCACCCUAAGAUCAGUGUACGAUGACCAGCCCAAUGCACAUAAGAGGUUUAUGGAGAAGCUAGACAUCAGAAUCCGGAACCAUGACCGUGAGAUCGAGAAGAUGUGCAAUUUUCAUCAUCAAGGUUUUGUGGACGCCAUCACUGAGCUGCUCAAAGUCCGUGCGGAUGCAGAGAAACUGAUGGGCCAGGUUACCGACACCAAUCGAAGACUGCAAGACGCCGGCCGAGAGGUCACAGCCCAGACGGAGGAGGUGAUUCGCUGUCGGAUACAGCAGAGGAACAUGGCUACCACCGUUGAGAAGCUACAGCUAUGUAUUCCGGUCCUAGAAAUGUACAGUAAAUUGAAGGAGCAGCUCGAAUCUAAAAGAUAUUAUGCUGCUUUGAAAACCAUGGAGCAGUUGGAGGAGGUCUACAUCCCCCGGGUCAGCCAGUAUCGCUUCUGUCAGAUCAUGGCUGAGAACCUGCCCAAGCUCAGAGAGGAGAUCAAGGACAUCUCCAUGUCUGACCUCAAGGACUUCCUGGAGAGCAUCAGGAAACACUCUGACAAGAUUGGAGAGACUGCCAUGAAACAGGCCCAGCAGCACAGGACGUUUAACAGUGCGGUUCAAAAGCAGGCCAGUGGUAUGGGUUAUGGCAAGCCUCUCUACUCCCUGAAUGGACAGAUACCCAGCCAGAACAACGGUCUAGGUUUGGAGGACGACGACCAAUCAGAGGAGGAGGUUUUAACAGCUCAGGAUCUGGUGGACUUCUCUCCGGUCUACAGAUGUCUCCACAUCUAUACCGUUCUGGGAGACAGGGAGACAUUCGAGAACUACUACAGGAAGCAAAGGAAAAAACAGGCCCGUCUUGUCCUGCAGCCCCAGUCUAACAUGCAUGAGACCGUGGCUGGUUACCGGCGCUACUUUAAUCAGAUCGUUGGGUUCUUCGUGGUGGAGGAUCACAUUCUUCACGCCACACAGGGACUGGUCACCAGGGCCUUCACUGAGGAGAUAUGGAACAUGGCCCUGUCCAAGAUCAUUGCCGUGCUCCGCACACAUUCUUCGUAUUGCAGUGAUCCGGACCUGGUGUUGGAGCUGAAGAAUCUCAUUGUGGUGUUUGCAGACACACUCCAGGGCUAUGGCUUCCCAGUGAACAGGCUGUUUGACCUGCUCUUUGAGAUCAGAGACCAGUACAACGAGACGCUGCUGAAGAAAUGGGCUCUGGUCUUCAGGGAGAUCUUUGACCUGGACAACUACAGCCCUAUCCCUGUAGAAACCGAGGAGGACUAUAGAUCUGUUAUCAGUAGGUUCCCCUUCCAUGAUGUGGAAAUUGAAAAGCAAGACUUUCCAAAAAAGCUGCCAAUGUCUCAGUCGGUGCCUCAGAUCUACAUUCAGGUCAAGGAGUUCAUCUACGCCAGCCUUAAGUUCUCAGAGUCGCUCCAUCGCAGUUCGACUGAAAUUGACGACAUGCUCCGGAAAUCUACCAACCUGCUGUUGACGAGGACAUUGAGUGGCUGCCUGCAGAACCUGAUCAAGAAACCCCAUAUUGGACUGACUGAGUUGGUCCAGAUCAUCAUCAACACCACUCACCUGGAACAGGCCUGUAAAUACCUGGAGGACUUCAUCACCAAUAUCACCAACGUCUCACCUGAAACCGCCCACACUACACGGCUCUACGGGCUCAGCACCUUUAAGGAUGCACGUCACGCAGCCGAGGGGGAGAUCUACACCAAACUGAACCAGAAGAUCGAUGAGUUCAUCCAGCUGGCGGACUAUGAGUGGGGCAUGCCGGAGUCGGACGGCCGGGCCAGCGGGUACCUGAUGGACCUCAUCAACUUCCUCCGCAGCACGUUCCAGGUCUUCACACACCUGCCGAAUAACUACAAUGACCACGCGGCCAUGUCGGGCAAGGUGGCCCAGACGGCGUGCAUGUCGGCGUGUAAGCACCUGUCCACGUCACUGAUGCAGAUGCUUUUGGACAGCGAGCUCAAGCAGAUCACCAUGGGAGCCAUUCAGCAGUUCAACCUGGACGUCAUACAGUGUGAACUGUUCGCUAGCUCAGAGCCAGUGCCAGGAUUCCAGGGUGACACUCUACAGCUGGCAUUCAUCGACCUCCGACAGCUUCUGGACCUGUUCAUGGUCUGGGAUUGGUCAACGUACCUGGCCGACUAUGGGCAGCCCUCCUCCAAGUACCUCCGGGUAAACCCAUCGACUGCACUAGCACUGUUGGAGAAAGUCAACAGGGGAAUGAAGGACACCAGUAAGAAGAACCACAUCUUCUCUCAGUUCAGGAAGAACGACCGAGACAAACAGAAGCUCAUUGAGACGGUGGUCAAGCAGCUGAGGAGCCUGGUCAAUGGGAUGUCUCAACACUCCUAGAACACACACAUGCUUCUCGAAUACACACCAAACAGGCAACACACACAAAUACAUUAAAAAAAAAACACAGAGAACCUUUACCAGAUUUGUUGCCUAGUGUAAAUAUGGAAAAUAAAGACCUAGCUAAGACAGUUAUCUGAACUCUGUAAGGUAUGAGAAAAGUCAGAUGUUUUAAAUGUAUUUUUAAUGGCUAAGAAUACUAUGUUUUGUAUUGUGAGAGUGCAAUGAUUGUAUCACCACAGUGGAUGGUGUUUUCACAUGAUGUACGGGAAUGUAAAGGAGAUAUCUCAGAUUUCCCUGAGUUCUGGAUGAUGAUGAUGAUGAUGUCUGAACAGGAGACUGAUGUUCACUAGGAUACGUGUUCUAAAUGUGGCAGUCUAAUACCUAUAUAGUGCACUAUAUUUGACCUAUAGGGGACUAAGCAAUGAAGUAGGCUUCAACCCCUGAGGUAGGCUCCGGAGCCCAAUGGGCUGUGUCGACUCUGGUGAAAUGUAGUGCACUUCCAAAGGAAUAGUUUGCCAUUUGGGAUACGACCUUGAAGACACUCCAUAAUGCAAUACUUGGAGUUUCUACUGUAAAUAUGUUUGAGAAUACUUAACACUACAGAGUCAUACAGUGUUGGUCCCAAAUGCCACCCUAUUCCCUUUGAGCAGCACUGGGGCAAUGGUCCACAGUGGUACACCAUACAGGGAAUAGGGGGGCCAGGGAUGCGCCCUCUUUUGCCUCUACUAGUCCCUGCCAGUCAUUCAGCAUAGCUUGAAUCAAACCGCUUUGAUUAGUGUCAUAAUUACCUCGCAUGAACCUGGUUAUUUUGGUUUUGAACCCACAGCUGAGGGUUAAACGAACCCUGUGACAAUAAUGUAAUGGUUACACUCUAUUUAUUUUUGGAAAGAUUGCCUCCCGAAAUCUUUUUUUUUAAUGUCAGGCGUUAUUUGCUAAAUCUGUUUCUUGCAUCUUAAAGUAUCCUUGUUUUGUUCCUCAGGGUUAAAUGAAAGGGUUUGGGUUCCACUGCUUUAGAAUCUACCACGAAGACAUUUCAAAAAAGCAAUAAUGAUCUGGUUCAUCUGUAUGCUCUCAAAUGGCUUUAACAACUUCUGUCUGAAAUCACAUUUUAUAAUUGAAAUUAUGGUUUUUGGUCUGCUACUUUUAACAGGCGUUUUGCACUGAAGAGGUAUUAUAUGAGUUAGCCUUUUUUAAAUAGUUGCUUGUAAAUGGCAUUGUACAUACUGCAUAUUUUGUAAAGAAAAUAAAAAUGCAGUUUCCUUCUGCUACGAAUAACGGAGAUUAUUGUGCUGUGAUGCAUCUCCGUAAUCUAAAUAUGUAAAUUAAUUCAUUUCAAUUGACCAGUAUUAGUCAAUACAUUAUCAACUGGUUUCCCCCUUUUGUUUACAGUAUCAUAGUUGAAAAAAUGCUAUUUAAUAACCCGUUCAACAUUCCAAUGUGAAUUAGAGAAUGUUCCUAUAGAUUUCAACUGGCAGAGUAAAGGACUCUGUCGUCGCGCUAAAGAGAAUACAUCCCCUGUGACGAGAUGUAAACCCAUUUUGUUUGUUUUUAUUUGUGUGAAGUAAUAAAAAUGUGUUCACUCA